AUGUCAGAUGUCACUAGUCAACGUGAUCGCGGAAAAUAUCAAGGUAUCGUUGGAGGAGUUUGGGGUUUAUCCACAAUAAUAGGACCUUUGGCCGGAGGUCUUUUUUCUGACCAUCUAAGCUGGAGAUGGGCUUUCUUUAUCAAUCUUCCAAUUGGUACUAUAACUGUAAUAAUAGUAAUUUUAUUUUUACAUCUUCCAAGAUCAAGUGGUUCUUUAAUUGAAAAACUUAAAAGAAUAGAUUAUUUAGGUUCAAUUCUUACAUUUACUGGUGUAAUUUGUUUAUUAUUACCAACUAAUUGGGGUGGUAAUACUUAUGAUUGGAAUAGUCCUCAAAUUAUUUGUCUAUACAUUGCUAGUUUUAUUCUAUUAUCAGCUUUAGCUUAUGUAGAAAUUAAGGUUGCUUCUGAACCUAUUAUACCUGCUCAAAUAUUUAAAGUACGAACUGCUGUUGCAACUUUUAUAUUUAAUUUGUUAUUUGGAAUGUCAUUUUUUUCAAUGAUAUAUUACACACCUUUAUAUUUUCAGGUAAUAAAAGGUGUUUCGGCUACAGAGUCGGGUCUAUUGAUAUUACCACUUUUACUUGGUGUAGUAAUAUUUUCAGCCGUUGCUGGAAUGAUAACAUCAUACACAGGAAGAGUUCGUGAACUUAUUUGGGUCGGUGGAGUAAUCUCAACAAUUGGUUCAAUACUUGUUAGUAUAUAUUUUAAUGCCAACUCGACAACAGGCCAACAAGUUGGUUUUUUAUUAAUAACGGGAUGUGGAUUUGGUUUAGUAGCACAAACUACAUUACUUUCUUUACAAAGUUGUGUAGAUGUUGAAUAUUUGGCUAGUGUUACUGCUAUGUAUAAUUUUAGUCGCGUUAUUGGUGGUAUUUUUGGUGUAGCAAUUUUAGGUGCAAUUUUCACUAAUACACUUAAUGCAGGACUUGCUACCUAUUAUUCUCAAUUACCACCAGGUUCAUUUGAUUUAGUAUUAGCAAAAAGUGAUGUAUUAUACCUUUGGCGAUUAAAUGAUACGAAUAUAAGGCAAAAUAUUAUGCAAAUUUACGUUAAUGCGUUACAAGCUGCUUAUAGGAUUAAUAUUCCAAUUUUAGGCGGUUCUGUUCUUAUUAGUUUGUUCAUUAAG